GCAUAGUUGAUGACAUGAGAUAAAACUUUUCUUCAUAUAAAGCAAGCUGGCCAUUUCGGCUUCGUCAGUGUUAUCUAGAGAAAUUUUUAGUUCACAUCUAAACUAUUUAAGUGAGUUGUGGAAUAAGUGAAAAAGAAAAUACUUUUUGAAAAAUGCUAUAUGAAGAUUUGGAAAAAAUUCGAAAGAAAAAUUUAGAUCGAAUGAAAAUUGUUCGUAGAAUAACUUACACGUGUGGAAUAAAUAUUUCGGAGCCGAGUUUCUUUAAGAAAUUUAUAGUCAUACAUGCAUUCGUUGUGAUAUUCAUGUCCUUACUUUCUAUUUAUGGCCACAUCGCUUAUAUUUCUGAACAUUUUACAAGCGUUUUCAUGAUAAGUCAGAGCUUGUGCACAUGUUUGCAAACGCUAAUUUCAAUAAUAAAAUUGUUUCUGUGGGUGUUUAUGGAGAGACGUUUUUACAAAUUGGUCAAGGCGACAGUCGAUUGCGAACUUUUUAAUGAAGUGAAAAUGCUCGAUAUAAACGUUACGAUAACGAAGACUCUGAGAGAGAAAACUAAAAAAAUAAUUGAAGACUGUUGGAAGAGGGCACAAUUUCAAAUACGAUAUUACGUGGUUUCUUGCAUCGCUAUAAUCAGUUUCUAUUUUUUGAACGCUCUUGCUAUUAACACCUAUCACAGCAUCAAAGGCAAUACUAACCACACUAAAUUGUUUGCAUUUUCAACUUAUUACCCUGGAUGGGAGGAGGCAAGACAACAUUUUCCGCUUUAUCCCUUCUUUACAAUACUGGACGGAUAUGCAGAUUUCGCUGCAGGAAUGGUUGCAGCCACUUUUGAUGGGUACUAUGUUUUUCUCACGUUCCAUGCGGUCGCAUUGUUCAAAACAUUGAAAGAAAUGAUUAUAUUUUCAAGCACAAAUAGAGUCCCAAAAGGUGAAAAGAUGUUAUACAUACGAGAAUGCGUUUACCAUUACAACAGGUGCAUAAGAUUUUGUGAUGAAAUAAAUGAUAUGUACGCAAUCGUCAACCUUUCCCAGCUAUUGAUAAGCCUCGUUGUUCUUGGUGUUGUUCUAUUUCAAGCAAGUAUUGGAUUGGAAAACGACCCAAAAAUGUUUGUCAAUAUGGUUCUAUAUAUAUCAGCUGCAGGCUAUGAGCUAGUGAUUUAUUGCUUCGAUGGACAAAAUAUUACAUCAGAGACCGAAAAUAUAUGCGAUGCAUGGUAUUCUAGUAAUUGGUAUGACGAAUCGAGAGAGUUUAAAUCAAUCAUUUACAUGAUGAUGAUGAGGACUAGGAAGCCUUACCAUAUUUCCGCUUUAGGUUUCACGACUAUGUCACGGCCUACUUUUUUGGGGAUUGCAAAAACUAGUGGAUCAUACUUCAUGCUUCUAAGGAAUGUUGCCUGAGCGAAGUAAGGGUCGUUUAAAUAGUGCAUACUUGUAUUUCGUUUUUGGGAUUUAUCUGUGUGCACAAAUGCACCACGCUAAAUAAAAUGCUAUAU